GCGCAUGCGUGGAGCGCGGCGCGCGCGGCGGUUGGGCCGUUGGGUGUUCGGCCCUGGGAUCUGCCGCGUCUCCGCAAGCAGUCGGCACUGAGCCGCGAGCCGCCGUGAGCUCUCGGGUUCGAGCGGGCGCCAGCGAGCCCGGGGGCAUCGCCCGCAGCGGCCAAGCUCAUGGCCGGCUGAGCGGGACGCCGCCUCCGCCUCAACCGCCGCCGCCGCCGCCGCCUCCUCCUCCUCAGCCGGCGGCGGCCCGGGCCCAGCAGCCAUGGCCGAAGACUACUGGGACGGGCGCCUGCGGCGAACAGGAGGAGAAGGAGGUCGCGCGGCCUCAGCCCGGGCCGCCGCCCCAGGCGCCGCCGCGCCGGCCCCGCGGCGCUGAGGUUGCUCGCGCGCCCCCGCCGGUCGCCAUGGAUCGGAUGAAGAAGAUCAAGCGGCAGCUGUCGAUGACACUCCGAGGGGGCCGAGGUGUGGACAAGACCAAUGGUGCCCCUGAACAGAUAGGCCUGGAUGAGAGUGGGGGUGGCGGUGGCAGUGACCUUGGAGAGGUACCCACUCGUGCCGCUCCUGGGGAACCUCGCUCCGGACGGGGCCCACUCAGCUCUGCACCAGAGAUUGUACAUGAGGACUUGAAGAUGGGGUCUGAUGGGGAGAGUGACCAGGCUUCAGCCACGUCCUCGGAUGAGGUGCAGUCGCCAGUGAGGGUGCGCAUGCGCAACCAUCCCCCACGCAAGAUCUCCACCGAGGACAUCAACAAGCGCCUGUCACUCCCAGCCGACAUCCGGCUGCCUGAGGGCUACCUUGAGAAGUUGACCCUCAACAGCCCCAUCUUCGACAAGCCCCUCAGCCGCCGCCUCCGCCGCGUCAGCCUGUCUGAGAUUGGCUUUGGGAAACUGGAGACGUACAUCAAGCUGGACAAGCUGGGUGAGGGUACCUAUGCCACCGUCUACAAAGGCAAAAGCAAGCUCACAGACAACCUUGUGGCACUCAAGGAGAUCAGACUGGAACACGAAGAAGGGGCUCCCUGCACCGCCAUCCGGGAAGUGUCCCUGCUCAAGGACCUCAAACAUGCCAAUAUUGUCACGUUACAUGACAUUAUCCACACGGAGAAGUCCCUCACCCUUGUCUUUGAGUACCUGGACAAGGACCUGAAGCAGUACCUGGAUGACUGUGGGAACGUCAUCAACAUGCACAACGUGAAACUGUUCCUGUUCCAGCUGCUUCGUGGCCUGGCCUACUGCCACCGGCAGAAGGUGCUACACCGAGACCUCAAGCCCCAAAACCUGCUCAUCAACGAGAGAGGAGAACUGAAGCUGGCAGAUUUUGGCCUGGCCCGAGCUAAGUCGAUUCCAACGAAGACCUACUCCAAUGAGGUGGUGACACUGUGGUACCGACCCCCUGACAUUCUGCUUGGGUCCACGGACUACUCUACCCAGAUUGACAUGUGGGGUGUGGGCUGCAUCUUCUAUGAGAUGGCCACAGGCCGGCCCCUCUUCCCAGGCUCCACCGUGGAGGAACAGCUGCACUUCAUCUUCCGCAUCUUGGGAACCCCAACUGAGGAGACGUGGCCAGGCAUUCUAUCCAACGAAGAGUUCAAGACAUACAACUACCCCAAGUAUCGAGCCGAGGCCCUUUUGAGCCAUGCACCCCGGUCCCCUUGUCCUUGCUGUAGACUUGACAGCGAUGGGGCUGACCUCCUCAACAAGCUGCUGCAGUUUGAAGGUCGCAAUCGGAUCUCCGCAGAGGACGCCAUGAAACAUCCAUUCUUCCUCAGUCUGGGGGAGCGGAUCCACAAACUUCCUGACACUACUUCCAUAUUUGCACUAAAGGAGAUCCAGCUACAAAAGGAGGCCAGCCUUCGGUCUUCAUCAAUGCCUGACUCCGCCAUCCGCUCUGCUUCCCCCUCCAGGCAGGCCAGCUUUCCGCGUGGUGGACACCGAGUUCUAAGCUGAGUUCUAAGCCACAGACCGAGGCCCCAGCAGGCAGCAGCUGGAGGGAUGCCACUCCCCUCACAGGGCAGCCCCCAGCCGCAUCCUCCUCGCUUGCUGCCUGCCUACCUGCCUGACUCAUGCUCGCCUGCCCACAUGUUCCCGCUGCCUGUCCGAACACCCGACCAUUGGCCUGUCUGCUGGGUGCUAACAAAGCUCUCAUCGCUCCUUUGCCUGGUUUGUCUGUCUUGUCUGUCUGUCUGUCUCUCUCUGUCUCGGUAGUUGCCGGCGGACAGCAUGGCCCUGCCAGCCUCCCACGCUGAGGCCAGGCCUUUCCCCCCCUCCCCAUCAUACCUUCCCCCAGGACCACUACCCCAUGGCCAGCCAGGGGUCCAGAGCUAGCCUGGGCUGGGGGAUCUCGACUCAGGAUGUGGCAAUGCCUUGGGUCUGAGGCUUCCCCUGCCUGCUUUCUUGCCUGCCCCACCUGCCUCAUGUUGUGUGGGCCUUUUUUUAUUUGUUUCAUUCAUUGUUGUUUUUAAUUAUUUUAAAUGAGGUUUUCAUUUUUUAAAUGCAAUAUCUCUGUAUACAGACUGGCUGGGCCCCACCCCCUGCGUGUGGCCCUCCCACAGUAUUUUGUGCAAUGAAGCCCCGCUCCCAGCCUUUCCAAGGCGGGGACACAGCCCCUAUUUGGAGCCCUGACCAUCACCAGACCCUGGGGUCGGCUAAGGGAAAGCAUGCCUUGACCAUUCGCCUUCCUACCCCCCCGGCCUGCCAUCCUCGGCCACAGGGGGACCUGUGGACUACCGGAGACUCUCUGGGAGGUGGACGAGGUGGGGGGCCCCCACUCUUUCCCUCCUGCUGUCCCAUAGCUGGGGCCUCCUUCCUUCUCAGGGUCUCCUUAACCCAACCCUCCCGCCCCUGUCCCACUCGGUGCUGUUGAGUAGGGCCCUGCCAGGAACUGACCAACUCUUCAAGGAGCCAUAGUGUGUAUAUGUGCACAAGCAGGGGCAGAGGGGUGCAUGGGGUCCGGGCCCAGGUGUUAUCCCUGAACCCCUGGGGAGGGUGAGGCAGGGCAGGGACAGGUCGGUCCCAGAUGGGUGGUUACUUCCCCAUCCUCCACUCUAAACCUGGGUCCCUCAAAUGGGGUGGGAGGGCUGGGGUGGGGGCCCUCCUAGUGGGGUUUGGGGGGUUGGGUUCCUGAAUGCACCAUAAU